AUGCUGAUACUGCGAUUUAAAAAAUUAAUUGUUGGUGGGGCUGUCUCUCUCGGAGUUGGCUAUCAACAAAAAAAAGACUAUGAUUCUAGAAAAACCUUAGCAGUUGAGUUUCUCAUGGAUCGACCUUCCAUUGAAGAAGAGGAGGAAGAAGAUGGUGAUCAAGAACCUCAUCUCAACAUUGGAAGCGAAGAAGCAAAUAGAAUAGCAAGAGAAGCACAACAACGAAAACUAGUCGAAGGUGGCACUCCCACAAAAGAUGAACUACACAAAAUAUUACAAGAACAGUUGCAGAUGGAUAUGGCUACAAAUAUAUCAUCAACUCCAGGAAACAAAUAG